AUGGUGCUGGACGUCGUCGAGCCGUUCAUCAACAGCACGGACGGUGCCGCGGACAACCUGUCCCUAAUAUUAGGGAUGUUGCCCGACGUGCUGAACGCCUCAUCAAAGCUCUCCGUCAUCGAAGUGGGCAGUGAGCGUCAGUGGGUGCUUCCUUGGUGGGUACAGCUCAUCUACGGACUGCUCUUCGGCUCCAUGGUUAUGGUGGCCGCCCUAGGGAACGCCAUCGUGGUGUGGAUCGUGUUGGCUCACCGCACCAUGCGCACGGUGACCAACUACUUCUUGGUCAAUCUGUCGAUCGCAGACGCCAUGACGGCGACCUUCAACGCCAUCUUCAAUUUGGUGUACAUGCUGGAGAGCCACUGGGCCUUCGGGAGCACCUACUGUGUGUUCAGCAACUUUGUGGCGAACCUGACGGUGUCUUCGUCGGCUUUUACCAUCGCGGCCAUGAGCAUAGACAGGUACGUCAGGUCAGGUUUAAACAUUUCCUUUGCCGUUCUCGAGUAA